AUUUUUUUAAAGUAAAAACUGAUACUUCCCACUUGACUUUUUUUUCAUAAAAAAUCACUUGUUUUUGUGCUGGCUCGAAUGAUAAUUACUUUCUAAUUAAUAACUGCCCUACAGAGAACAUCUUCAUUGUUCUGAUAGCAACUGUUGCCGGUGAGAGCCGAUGUUGUUACUUUUAUUUGUGCCUUGGCAUCAAACGUUCUCGUUGAAAUUAAGAGUAGAACGCAGACAAUAACCAAAAGAGCGCAGAGCGCAGAGAGCAGUGUGUAAUUAUGAAAGCAAAAAAUCUGAAAAAGAGCGUAGAAAGUGCCGGCAAGUGUCGGGCAGUCAAAUGGCCACAAAGGUUAUAAUUAUAUAUAUAAAUGUGUACGUAUGUAUGUAAUUAACCUUUUUGGUAGACACAAUUUGGAAACUUACAUGUAUUAGUAUUUUUGUUUAUUUUUGUCGUUGAAAACUCAAUAUUUUUGAGAACAUUGAAAUAAAUUGUAUGUUAACAAAAAAUUUACUCUCUAUCUUGUCUCGCAAAAUUCGGCCGGUUUGUAAUUCGUAUUAACACUGUUUUGUUGUUGCUUUUACAUUUUCGUAAUUUUCGUGGACUAAAUUUUUUUGAUUUUUGUUUCAUUUACAUUCGGGAGCACAAAACUAAGAGUCACUUUUAGGGGAAGUCCAACUCAAAACUCAAAAACCGAAAAUUGAAACUCUUAAAACUUACAUAUGUACAUACAUAUUUACAUAUAUUAAUAUUUCGUACUCGUAUUCCAUAUUCGCAUUUGGUUGCCAUCGUCGUGUUACGUUGCGCCUCCAACAUUAUCAUCAUCAUCACCAUCAUUAUAAUCGUCGCGGUCGUCGUCAUCAUCAUCGUUAUUGUCGUCGUCGUUGUGGGGCCUGUUCUGUCCGCUGUGCGGCCCGUCUGUCUGCCAGUUAGCCAGUCAAUGUUGACGCUACACGACGCUGUUCCACUCUGCGUUGCUCCGCUCCGCUCGUUUUUGAGCAUUUCGCAUAUUUAAUAUUGGUCGCAAAUACAAUUCGCAAUUAUUCAAUCGCGAGCAGCAUUGCAGUGCGGAUCCCCCGAAAUUCAGUUAAAAAAAUCUACAUAAGUUCAACGAUUUCUCGACUUCCCAUACACAAUUUAUUUGACUGUUUUGAGUUUGAGUUCGAGUUCUACAUGCAGCCGUAAUACCAGUAUACAGUGUGCAGUGUCAGUGCUCAUAAAACUGAAGAGUUGUUGAAAAAUAAAUAUUUUUGAAAUAAUGUACGUUGUCGAGCGUUGAAGAAAGAAGUUUUUGAAAGUAUAAACAAAAAUACUUUGUUGAAAAAUAAAAGUUUUUGAAACGCUAUUUAGAAAAAAUUAAUUUUUUACAAAGCUGUAGUGUUGUUAAAAAAUGUAUAUUUUCGAAAAUAUGUACGUUGUGUUGUCUGUUGAAAAUUAAAAAAAUAUUUUGUUGGGAAAUAAAAUACAGUUUUUUUCGAAACUAUUUAAAUUUUUUUAUUUUUGAAAAAUACAACUAAAAUUUGUUCGAAGCAAUUUUGAAGAAAAUAUUUUUUUUUUUGGAAAGUACACUUUGAAUUACCUGCCAUCGCUUUAGCCGUAUAAAUGUCAUUAGCGUUGUAAAUAUCGCUUAUUUCAUAGAAAUAUCGUAUAAGAAUUAUAAUGAAAUCGACAUAAUAACAAGUGAAAUAAAUAAAAAAAUUGGUGUAGUUAAAUAACAACAAAUGAAAAAGAAAAAUUAAUACAAAUCAAUGUAAAACAGUAUAAAUGUGAAUAAAAAUCAAUUGGACUAUAAUUUUCUCUCGAAUAAAAACCUGCUGCAUUUAUUUACAAAACAGUUUAAAUUAACAACAAUUGUGCCACAACACUACAACAAUGAUAACAAUAAAAACACCAUUAGUGAUGAAGUGUUUUUUAUGCAAAUAAGAUUUUGUAACUUCGCAUUGAUAAAGUGUUGAAUAUAAUCUCAGAAAAAUAAGAACAACAUAUACACACAAAUAUAUAUAUACUUACAACAGCAACUCCAUACUACAUCACGACGCCUGCAUUUACUUGAACUAUACUAAAAAUAAAUCUACCGAAGGAAAGCCGGCGGAAACACACAAAACGGAAAAAGACACUGCCAUAUAAAAAACGGAAGCUGCAAACUUUACAACCUUCAACUUCAAAACUACCUCGUAUAAGCUACAAAAUAUUGCAAAUAAUUCUUAAAACAGAUUAAAAAUAAACUGCCGGUGUCUUUGUUAAGACAUCAACAAAACAACAAACGCAUAAACAAUAUACAAAACUAUACAAAAAGAAAUUAAGAAGCUCUAACCGGUGAACUUCAGUGUUAUCAACAAUAUAACAAUAUUCAAAAGCAGAUAUCGAAAAUGGAUGAAUAUCUAGUAGAAAUCUCAUAGAAUUAUUAAAUUUGGAAAACACAAAGUCUCACUUACACCCUUAUUGAAUCCAAAUCCUUCCCGCAACUAAUAUCUCAGCUACACCACCCUAACCCCAACAAACUCCUACACCUACACCUAUUACCCCGACUACCAAUACCGACAGCCACAAAAAAAUAUGAAUUCCUUGGCAAAUGCUAGCGACGUCGAGGCCGCGGCAAAUCAACAAAUGCUCAAUUUUCAGUCUCCACAACGCCAGAUAAAGACAGGCACAGCCUCAACAAGUCCAGCUGGUACACCCUAUAAACAGAAUGGCAGCAAUGGCGAUGCUAGUUUGAAUGGAACACCAUUACACAAUGGUCACGGCAAUGCGAACGGCACGAAUGGUUAUCAGAAUGGAACACGACGUGAUUCUACGCAAGCUUGGACCCCACUACUAUCUAACGGUAAUGGUAACAGUGCUGCACUAAGCAAUGGUAAUGGCAACGCUGGCUUGACUGACAACAGCUUAGUUGGCACAGCAAGUAUUAAUGGAGCGGAAGACGGUAGUCUAGCAGGACAAGAGACGAAUGGAACUCUAGGUGAUCCCACCACUGUACUAUACACCACAUCGACCAGUAAUAACAACGAAUGGAAAGAUGCCGAACAAAUAAAUAACCUCAAAAAUGGACUGCUACAUUAUCCGGUUAAUCAUCAGGGCAACAAUAAUGGUUCGCUAAUGAACGGAAAGAAUGGCAUUGGCUUGGGCGUACCAGACAAGUAUGAUGAACAAGAUCCACUUACCGGUUUAUACACACAAAAAAAUACACGAACGCGUGAACCGGAUGAAUCGGAUACUGAUUCCGAGUUGAGUAACGGCGAUCGAUCAGCACCCGGCUGCGGUUUAUUUGGCUGUCGACCGAAAUGGGCGCGCAACUUUGCCUCGACCAAUGUCUUUAUGGUGGUUUUUUUGCUCGCCUACAUUUUACAGGGCAUGUAUAUGACAUAUUUCGUGUCGGUGAUCACUACCAUCGAGAAACUAUUUCAGAUUAAAUCGAAAACGACGGGUUUUCUACUAAGCGCCAGUGAGAUGGGUCAAAUUAGUACUGCUAUGUUGUUAACCUACUUUGCGGGACGUGGUCAUCGCCCACGUUGGAUUGCUUGCGGCAUGGUAUUAUUCUCCAUUGCAGCUUUCGCUUGCUCAUUGCCGCAUUUUAUAUUUGGCAAACAACUGAUGCAAUCACUUGAUACUCUCAGUAAUGGCGGCAAUGGUGGUAAUGCGGCAAUGCGCGCCUUACAUGGUCAAAUGCUGCACGCCAGUUAUGGACUGCAUGGAAUGAAUGACACAAUAAAUGCAACAAGUGCGAACGCACUGGAAGGCGGUCUCAGUGCGUUGUUGGCCAAUGUGCCAGGCUCACACGAAAUGAAUCUGUGUAUACCAGGACAGAACUCAACGAACUCCAACUCAGAAUGCGAUGAGGAUCAAAAAUUGGAGCAGGCGUCACACUCAAAAAUCACCGUUAUUGUACUGUGCAUAUUCUUCGCUAGUCUUUUGAGCUCUGGUAUUGGACAGACAGCAGUAGCCACACUAGGCAUACCCUACAUAGAUGAUAAUGUGGCAAGUAAACAGUCACCCAUGUACAUGGCCAUAACGAUUGGUGUACGCAUUUUGGGACCCGCAUCCGGUUUCAUAGUGGGUUCAUUUUGUACACGCUGGUAUGUGAAUUUCUCAAAUCCCGGUUUCGAUGCAAGCGAUCCACGUUGGAUUGGUGCCUGGUGGCUGGGACCAGUUGGUAUCGGUACACUUAUGUUGCUGUCAUCCUUCGCAAUGUUCUCAUUCCCAAAACAGUUGCGCGGCAAACGGAAUCCCAGUGUUGGUGAGGCUAAAGCGGAUGGCGGUGAUGACGCGGCAGCAGCAGUGGAGGUGGAUGAGAAGCCAAAAUUAAGAGAUUUUCCGAAGACCGUACGACGGCAACUUAAAAAUGACAUUUUAAUGUUCCGCACUGCUUCGUGUGUCUUCCAUCUAUUACCAAUCGCUGGACUCUAUACUUUUCUACCAAAAUACCUCGAAACACAGUUCCGUUUAACCACCUACGAUGCCAGCAUGAUUGCCGCCUUUUGUGGCAUACUCGUCAUGGGUGUGGGCAUUGUAAUAUCCGGUUUAGUCAUUUUAAAAUUGAAGCCAUCGGCGCGUUCCGUAGCCGCUUGGAUUGCGUUUACAGCGUUAUUCUACUCAGCCGGCAUGGUUGUGCUGAUGUUUGUUGGGUGUAGCAUGAAAGAUUUUGCUGGUUACAAGAGUGCCACAAGUGAUUCUCCUGCCAUGAUCGAACGAGCAUGUGACCUCAAUUGUUCCUGUGAUACGGGUAAUUACGCCCCCAUUUGCGGCAUGGAUGGUCGUAUAUAUAUUUCCACCUGUCAUGCUGGUUGUACAGCGUCAGCAUUGACUGAUAAUGGCACCGUAUUCAGUAACUGUACAUGCAUUCCAGAUUCUUUUAAGAACCAAGCGAUCGGCGGAUAUUGCGCUAAUAACUGUAAGAAUUUCAUAUUCUUCAUCAUUAUAUUCGCCGUUUGUGUGUUUAUGCAUUCGACGUCGGAAGUGGGCAGCAUGUUGUUGGUGAUGCGUUGCACACAUCCAAAUGACAAAGCCAUGGCUAUGGGCAUCAUACAGUCGGCGAUUGGAUUAUUCGGUAACGUUCCUUGUCCAAUUAUAUAUGGCGCAGUAGUCGAUUCGGCGUGUCUGCUCUGGAAAACGGUGUGCGGCAAGCAUGGAGCCUGCUCGCUGUACGAUUCGGACACGUUUAGACAUUAUUUCUUGGGUAUUACCGCCGGCAUAAUGUUCCUGGCAUUCAUAAUGGAUUUGGUGGUGUGGAGCAAGGCGCAUCGCAUCGACAUAACGCCCGAAGACGGCAGUGAACCGCACGGCAAACAGACAGUCGCAGAGACGGAGUGCAAAAAGUCAAUGGUGGCGCCGGAUACGAGCGUCUGAACAGCACUUCCUUGCUAAGGCGUGGCGACAUAUCUUAUGUAGCUGAAAGAACAAAAACAAAAAUAACAAAACAAAAAACAUUUGUAUAAGUGUCUUUAUAGCCUUGUUACACACAAAACAAAAAGUUUCAAAACGGUAUUCAGUUAAAGAUAUAGAAAAUGAGUUGAGCAACUGGAUGAGCAUAUACAUACAUACAUAUGUAAUAUGAAAAGUGAACAUGACGCACAAUGUGUCCAAAACAAAGGCACGCGAGAAAUGCAAAGCAGAAUGUGUGUGUGUGUGCGUCACAUGCUUUGAUAGAAUUUGACGACGAAGGAAUGCGAUUUUGCAUUUAUUGUUGAUAGUUGAUUUAUUGGUUAGUUUAGUUAAAGUUUAGUUAAUGACAGUUUAGUUAUAAGCAGCAAAAACUAUGAAAAGAGGAAAAACAAAAACAAAAGAGAGCGCGACGAUUGAAUACUAAUGAUAUGCAUGCACAAGGAUUAGAAUGUGUGACUAAGCAUAAAUAAAAAAAAAUUAAAAUUAAAAAAUUUUAAACUAAAUACAUACAUAUAUAGACGGCAGAGAAAUUAAAAAAUAAUCAUAAUUGGGUGUUUCCACGUGCUUAUGUAGAUUAUAUGUAACUACUCUGUAUAGCCACAUAUAAAAUUGAUUUUUUUUUUUACUAAUUUUUAAAAAAAAUAUUGUGACUUCAAUUAACAUAUGUUGUAAAUAUGUGCAUACAUACAUGCAUAGUAUAUGUAUGUAGGUAUAUGCGCAAAACUACUUGUAAAUUUAUGUUUAAAGUUAUGCUGCUUGCAUUUUCAAAUUUAAAUGUUAAGAACAUGUAUAUACAUAUGUAUGUAACCGCGUACCAUAUAGUGAACACUUAUUAAUAUGUCAACAUUUAAACAAAAUAAAUCUCAGUUAUAGACUAAAAAAUAUUAUAGACUAAAAAUAUAUUUAACGAAAAAAAAAACAAAACUAAAUAUUUAUGCAUUAACAAAUACAUGCAUAUGUAUGAAUGUGUGCAUGUUUCUAAAAACGAAAAAAAAUAUAAUGAAAAAAACUACAGCGUAAGAAAAAUGGAAGCAGGGAACACAAACAUAUGUAUGUAUGUGCAUGUGUAAAUUUCAAUUAAUUUGUAGUGGAUAUACUUUGCAGUAAACAAAUUAAAUGGCAUAAAAAUUUACAUAAUUCGUAUAUAUGACAAAUGUAUGUAUGUAUGUAUGCGCUGUAAGCGAUAUUAUACCGAUAUCAAUAGAAAUUUUCUGAAAAUAAAACUUAAAAAA